UUGAGUUUUGGUAGUAGUGGUGGCGGUAGGCGGUCCUCUUCUUGCUGGAUAGGUUGUUUGCGUUGGGUUGGGUGUGAAGCAAACUAACCAACCUAACGUGCGUAACGGUUACUCGAUGAUGGAUGAUCUGAAUGCCAUGGAUCGACGACACGAAUGCAUUGCAUUGCAUUUGCAGGCAGAGGCAGGCACCAACACCGCCGACAGCUCCCUCCCAACCAGAUGUACUAUAUAUAUAUGGAGUAUUUCUUCAUGAUCACUACUGCUAGCUGCUUGUUCAGUUGUUCGAUCAUCGAUCGAUCCCCAAUCCCCCUCUGCUAGGUGCUAGCUGCAGCCUGCAGCUGCUGAAUCUCCUCUCCUCCUGCUCCUCCUCCAUCAAUGGAGUACGUGGUCGCCCGGGUGUCGCAGCAAGGCCAAGGCCAAGGCCAUCAUUACUACUUGUCUCAUGAGUCGUCGGUCGCCGCCGACCACCGUCCGACGCCUGUGUCUCAGCGGACUCGGGGCAGCGCCAUGACGCAGCAGCGCCGGCGGCAAGCUCUGGAGCAGGAGGUCGCCGAGCUGAAGCAGCAGCUCUCCAACCAGGAGACGGUGCACCAAAUCCUGGAGCGAGCUCUGCAGCCCAGCUCCGCGCGCUCCGCCAUCCUCACCAUCCCGGCCUUCAUCCCAGCCAAGGCCAAGGAGCUGCUCGCCGAGCUGCUGCUCGUCGAGGAAGAGAUCGCCAGGCUCGAGGGCAAGAUCCAGGCCAUGAAGCAGGGAGGAGGAGGCAGCAGAGCAGCAGCAGCAGCGCCGCCGGAGAUCAAGUCCAUGUUCUUCAUCAGCCAGGCCAUGGACAUGGCCAUGAUCAAGACCGCCCCGCCGCCGCCCAAAGAAGCAGCCAUGCCCAUGAGCAGCAGCCCCAAAUUUGCUCCAAUAAGAAGCAGCAGGCAUUCGAUCGAGGGACGACGACACCCAGCAGCGGCAGCAGCAGCAGGAGCACCAACGGCCGCCAACAAGCUGUCGGAGAGGAUCGUCAAGUGCCUGCUCUGCAUCUUCAUCAGGCUGCUCAGGUCCUCGCGGGUCGCGGACCUCGACACCAGCAGGAACCAGCUGCAUCAGCAGGCCGGGAGCUUCAGCUUCAGGAUCGACACCGCCCUCAACGUGGACAAGGACAGCAGGGGGCAGCAGGACCACUACGGCAUCUUUGGCUUCCCGGACGCCAUCGUCAGGGACGUCGGGCCCUACAAGAACCUCGUCAGGUUCACCUCCACCUCCCUGGACCUCAGAGGGUUCUCCACCUCUCCCCUGCUCACCAAGCUGAGGCAGAUGCUGGAGGCGCUGCAGCAGGUGGAUGCACGGUAUUCCCUGACUACCCACCACCAGAAGCUAGCAUUCUGGCUCAACGUCUACAACACCUGCAUCAUGCACGGGAUCCUGCAGCAUGGCUUGCCCUCAAACUCGGACAAGUUGCUUGCACUCAAGAACAAGGCAACCAUCAACGUGUCGGGGCAAACGUUCAAUGCUCUGGUGAUCGAGAAUUUUAUCUUGAGGCAGCCGUCAAGUGUGAAAGAAGAAUUCUGGAAAUGCGAUGUGGAUGUGGAAGAACAGCAAGUGAGGGAGCUGUAUGGACUCAAGAGUUCAGAGCCUAACAUUCUGUUUGCGCUGUGCUGCGGCAUCAGAUCAUCUCCAGCACUCCGUAUCUACAAAGCCGAUCGUGUCUCCAUGGAGCUGGAGAAGGCCAAGCUGGAGUACCUCCAGGCGUCCCUGGUGGUCACGUCCACCAGGAGGCUGCUCAUCCCUGCCCUCAUACACUCCAACAUGCAUGACUUUGCCAAGGACAUGGACUCGCUGCUGCGCUGGAUCUGCGACCAGCUGCCGACGUCAUGGUCCCUCAGGAAAUCCAUGGUGGACUGCCUCAGGCAUCUCAACAUGGAGACGACGACGGAGCAGUUAUUGGUGGAUGUCAUCCCCCUGGACUACGACUUCCAGUACCUACUGCCCAUGUAGCUAGCUACCUUAAUUAGUCCCUACUCUCUCUCUCUCUCUCUCCCUUUUUUGUGUGUGCGUGCGGCCACUGGCCAGGCCGGCUGAUAGAUGAUCGCUCGAGGGAGCAAUUGGGAUAUAUAAAUUAAAAGAUGGACCGGGCAGUAAUUUUUGACCUGACAUAAAAAAUGGAUCGGGUAUUUUUUUUU